CCAUUUACAUGGAAAAGUUUGGCAUUAUUUUCAAUGACAGGAUCAGGGUUAUUCCUUUAUUUUAAACAUGAAAAAGCAAAAUUAAUAGAAAAACGCAAAGAAGAAUUAGAAAGUAAAUCUGCCGGAAAGCCUCAAGUUGGUGGCCCUUUUGAAUUAAUCGAUCAUAAUGGUCGAUUAGUUACCGAUAAAGAUUUUCUAGGUCAAUAUUUAUUGGUAUAUUUUGGAUUUACUCAUUGUCCUGAUAUUUGCCCCGAGGAAUUGGAUAAAAUGACAAAAGUUACAGAAAAUAUCAAUAGUGAUCCAAAACUUGGAAAAAUUAUAACACCAAUUUUCAUUUCAUGUGAUCCACACCGUGACACAUACGAGUCUUUUAUACAUAUUUUAGAUUUUCACAAAGAUAUGGUGGGUCUCACUGGUACAUAUGAGCAAAUAGCAAAAGUUGCAAAAAGUUAUCGAGUUUAUUUUAGUCGUCCACCAAAGGUAAAACCUGGUGACGAAUAUUUGGUAGAUCAUUCAAUAUUUUUUUAUUUAAUGGAUCCGAAUGGUCAGUUCGUUGACGCAUAUGGAAAAAGCACUACAGCUGAUAGUGUCACAGAUAGUGUUAAUGGACAUAUUAAAAAUUUUAUCGAUAGGGGUGGCGUAAUUAAGAAGCUGGAAGUAAUAUCAUAUUGCUGGAUUUUUCGUCAUAUAUUUCCACGAUCUCCAAUGAGUGCCCUUUCAAGACCGCUGGCCCUCGCAGGCUAUUUUCAGCCUAGUCCCACCCUAGAUCGUCUUGUAAAAUUUCUUAACUCCGUGCCGAGUCUUGACAAAAUUUUAAUGCUGGUACAAUACUUUUCUAAAGUCUUGAUAUGGUUUCUUUUACGUGCCGGUAGGGCCUCUUUGGCUGAACGCAUCAACAACCUAGAAGUUCCAGUUACAGACUUUAGGGCUUUUCGAAAAAUUAUAACCAUGUCUCCCGAGCGGAUAAAUAAAAUUAGUCUUUGGUGUUGCAGAUGGUGGGCGCUUUAUGUUUUACUUCAGUUUUGGCAUCUUGCCAUCGAAAGGAGCUUACUAGUGCGACGCCGGAGAGAGUUACGUGUCGACGGAGACGUCGAGACCGUACUGCGGGAGAAGCGAGAAUUAAAAUCUGAGGGGGAUAGGAUCUUUCGGGAGAUCCUCAUAAACGUCGGAUAUUUUCCGUUAACGCUACAUUGGUCAAUCGAGAAUUCUCGACUUCCUGAUGUCGGAGUCGGAAUAUUUGGUACACUAGCCGCCUUCUAUGAAAUAUCGAAAGCCUGGAAAAAUACAGAGUGA